UUACAUGCGUUUAUAUUUCACUGCCUUUUUGCUCUGCAGUCUUCGGCAACCCUUUGCAUUACAAUUUGGUGCUUUCAUUGACCUCCAAUGGCCGAACAGACCCGAUCAGAGGAUCUUCGGCCGGACGUUGGAUGUGUAACUUAUAUGAUAGAACAGCGUGUGAUUAACGCUCGAUUAGAAAGGUUGGAGUCUUCUCUAGAUGGGAUUACGCGCGCGAUGGACUCCUUGACUCGGAGUGUGGAUCGUUUGCUCCACUCCCAGGCCAUCGAAGUCUCCAGUUCGGUUACCGACGCUCAUAUGCCAGCCAACAUCAACAGUGGAUUAUUGCCGGAGAGGUUGAUAAAUGAAAAGGAAGCAAAAGAGCAUGAAAAGAAAGAAGAGGCUCACCUUUACACCAUUAUAAAGGUGGCACGAGAUGAAGAUCUUGCAAAACAGAUUGGAAAAGAUAUAUAUUUUGACCUUGUAGACCAUGACAGAGUGAAAUGUUUUAGUGUCAAAAAGCAGAUGACUUUUAACCAUUUCAAGGAAGAGGUUGCGAAAGAGUUUGGCAUACCAGUGCAAUUUAUGCGCUUUUGGCUUUGGGGAAGGCGUCAAAACCAUUCCUACCGUCCUUGUAGGCCAUUGAGGCCCUUUGAGGAAAUCACAUUUGUUUGGCAAUUGAGAAAAGUUUUAAAAGAAGUCCACAUUAAUCUGUUUUUGGAAGUGGAGCUGGGGCUGGAUUUACGUCCCAUUGCACCACCUGAAAAGACGAAGGAUGAUAUAUUACUUUUCUUCAAGCUAUAUGAUCCGCUAAAAGAGGAACUACGUUAUGUUGGAAGGCUCUUUGUGAAGCUGCUUGGCAAGCCAUCAGAGAUAUUAAUGAAGUUAAAUGAAAUGGCUGGUUAUGGUCGUGAGGAAGAGAUUGUGCUUUAUGAGGAGUUUGGGCAUGUCUAUCAGGUCAAUUCCAUGUAA